CAGUGGCGUUUUGAUUGGUUUGUAGAGGUGAGUGCGCCGCGUUUUGGUUGGCUGCCGGCUGCUGGCUGGAGGAGGCUGUGCUGAAGAGUGAGCCGGGCAAGAGAGAGUCUUCAAAAAUGGCUGACAGCGAAGGAGGGGAUUUUGUCAUAAACAAAAAGUUUGUGACAGAAUCUGAGUUGGAAGAAAAAAGAAAGCAAAGGCAAGAAGAAUGGGAGAAGGUGCGGAAACCUGAAGAUCCAGAAGAAUGUCCAGAGGAAGUGUAUGACCCUCGUUCUUUAUAUGAGAAGCUACAGGAACAGAAGGAUAAGAAACAGCAAGAAUAUGAAGAACAGUUUAAAUUCAAAAAUAUGGUGCGAGGCUUAGAAGAAGAUGAAUCUGCAUUUUUAGAUGAAGUUUCAAGAAAACAGGAAAUGUUGGAAAAGGAGAGAAGAGAAGAAGAAAAGAAGGAAUUAAAUGAGUUUCGAAAUGCCCGCACAAUAGCAGCCACAUCCACAGAGCACAAGAAGAAGGAGCCUGAGAAGAAGACUGUGGCAAAACCUCCUGACAACAAGAAGCUCUCUCAGUCGAAGUUGCUGGCAGGAGCAGUGCGGCAUAGAAGCAGUUCUGAAUUACCUGGCGCAAAGAAAUUGAAGCUUGAUCAGGAACAUGAUGAGAGUCAUUCUAGUUCCAUUGGAAGCAGCACUACCAUAAGCUCCCGACUGCACUGCCCUCCAGCUUCCGUCUGCAUUGGAAUCUUACCUGGUCUUGGAGCCUACUCAGGAAGCAGCGAUUCAGAGUCUAGCUCAGACUGCGAGACCACAAUAAACAACAUGGGAAAGAUCGUGUCCUCCGUAUUCCGCUCAGGCACUUUCCUUGAUGCCCCCUAAACCCCACCCACCCAUCACAAAACCGUUUGCUAAACCUGAAAGUGGAACGUUUACUUACCAUGGACAAAUCCUCUGAAUUUAAAGUGCAGAGCGUAUUUUUCCUUUUACUGGUGUCAGCAGUUACCUUUUGUUCAGUGUGUUUUUAAGUUUGGGAUCUUAUUAAAAUAAACUCAUCAAACCAA